GCUGGUUGUCUCGUGGGCGAGAAGCCUUUCUGCCCUGAUGGACAGGGCUCCGGGGCCCUGCCAGGGUGACCUGCCCUCACGGAGGUGCAGGCAGCCCAUCCUGGAAAGGUGACGCUCACAGCGACAGUUGUGGCUCCUUGUUCGGCAGCUCUUCGAGGAGGGCAGGAGAGGGAUUGUUCGCUGGUGGAACCAUUCGAAGCUCAGCUGAACCAGAGCCAGCGUCAGCUGGGGGUCACGUCUGCGUAUCUCCCCGGGCAGAGUCCCUCAUCCAUUUGAGAUAAAGAUUUACGUGAACAAAAAUGAUGGCGUUGCAGAGACCCUUGCAGAGAGUGUGCAUACUCAGCAGAAAAGUCCUCAAAGAUGUCACUGUCUGACAUACCUCGAACUAUUCUCCCUGCUGCUGAUCACGUUGCAGAUUCUGUGCGCUUGAAGGAAAGACUGGGUAUGGCAACACAGUGGUGACCAUACAUGCCAGCAACAUAACCCCCUUAUGAAAGAAGGAAACUACAAGUGAAGAAGUUGAAUGCUUGCUUCAGCUGAAGAGAAUAUUUCCCAAGUCCUAGUGGGAAAAGGUGAAAAAGAGAACUGGAGGAUGUUGCUAGUAGGUAUGUACAUGACAGGAAGCCAUGACUAGCAGUGUGAUUGUCAACAGGAAACAAAAAGUCAUAGCCGAUGUGACGCUGCCAUACAAUACACUUUCUGUGUUGUGUUGCCUGCUGGACUUUGUGGCCUGGGGCGGAGUGUAUGCCUACGUGAGAUACUCUCCUGUCCAUUUGUCUGCUGGAGUUUGAAUUAUUCUGCAUCUGGUUAAUCCACUUUGCUGGAGUUGGCAAGCCCUGGGUUGUUUUUUUUUCUUGACACCUGCUACUGUAAAGAUCUUGAACAGCUAUGGGGAAAAAAGGGUGCGUGUGAGCAACCUUCACCGGCUGGCAGCGGAGUGCUCUUCAGACCCCGGACAGCUUUGAGGUGUCUUGGCUGUUCAGUGCUCUGCAGAUAUGAACGCUGAGCUUUUCUGGCACGUUCUCACAUUGGCCUGGUCGUUCUCACCAUGCUAGUACAUGGGAAAGAAGACUUCCUCUCAGACAUAGCUUACAUCAUCCUGGAACUGGUCAUUGCAGUGCUGGCCAUCCUGGGGAACAUCCUGGUCUGCUGGGCAGUCUAUCUGAAUAGCAACUUGCAGAACGUCACCAACUAUUUUGUGGUGUCCCUGGCUGCUGCUGACAUUGCCGUGGGCGUGCUGGCAAUCCCCUUUGCCAUCACCAUCAGCACCGGCUUCUGUGCCUUCUUCUAUGGCUGCCUUUUCAUCGCCUGCUUCGUCCUGGUCUUGACUCAGAGUUCGAUCUUCAGCCUCCUUGCUAUUGCCAUUGACAGAAUCAUUGCGAUCCGCAUACCCCUCAGGUACAAUGGCUUGGUGACUGGCUCUCGAGCUAAAGGUAUCAUUGCCAUCUGCUGGGUAUUAUCUUUCAUUAUCGGCUUGACACCAAUGCUAGGGUGGCACAAUCGCUCCCAGAUCGAAGAGCUGGGUUCCAAUAAGUCGUCUCCCAUCAACUGCAGCAACAGUAUGGUGGCAUGUCUCUUUGAGGCUGUGGUCACCAUGGAGUACAUGGUCUACUACAACUUCUUUGCCUGUGUGCUCUUGCCCCUCCUCCUCAUGUUCGGUAUCUACUUGAAAAUCUUCAUGGCAGCCCGGCGACAGCUCAAGCAGAUGGAGAACAAGAUGGUACACGGGGAACGUUCUCGCUCCACUUUGCAGAAGGAAGUCCAUGCAGCUAAGUCUUUAGCCAUCAUUGUUGGGUUGUUUGCAGUCUGCUGGCUUCCACUACAUAUUAUUAACUGCUUUACCCUUUUUUGCCCAAAUUGUGCCCAUGCUCCCCUCUGGCUGAUGUAUCUGGCUAUCAUCCUGUCUCAUGCCAACUCGGUUGUAAAUCCUCUAAUUUAUGCCUACCGAAUCAGGGAGUUCCGAUACACCUUCCGUAAAAUCAUCAGCCAGCAUAUCCUGGGCCGGAAGGAGCCAUUCAAGGCAGGAACGGCCAGCUCUAGGACUUCCACUCACGGUGGGGACGCAGAGAACGCCAGCAUACGAAUCAGUGAGUAUGCAUUAGAAGUAUACACCAAUGGAGAGAUCCACAGGGAUCCUGAAAAGCAGGACUUAAACAAAUGCAAAGCUGGCUUGGAAUGGCACCAGAAUGGAAAUGCUCUGGACGUGGAGACAAAUGGGCACCUCCCACAUUCCUGCAAAAAUGGGAUUCUCUCAGAUGCGUGCAUGAACAGGGAGCUUCACAGUGAAGAGCUAAUUGACGCCCAGGUGUCUUACUCAGAUCUGGAGAGAGCAGCCUUCGCAGCAGCUGAUGUUUCCUGAUGAGACUUUCAAGGUCUUCCUGGUAGAAUUAUUUUUUUUCCAUUGGUGACCUCUGCCGUGGCAGAAAGGGAGGUUGGGGGGCGGGGGGAGAGGUGUGUAUUCAGAUCGCUGUGGAGAAAGGGGGCCCUACCCAGGACUGUUGGGAUGAUCCUAAAUACUAGACUGGAGAAAAGCCAAGAGACCAUUGAAACGGACUAAGGAAGGAGGGACACGUGAGCCAUCAAUGACCUGUCACCAAGAGCAGUGCCAAGGUCAAAGGUGGCAUUCCAAGUUCAGCACUGGGAGACCCUGCUGAUGCAGGGCAUGUCAUGACAUUACGCUGUACUGUGUGUCUGUGGUUGCGUGUCGGUUUUGCUGUCUUUACCAACAGAAAUAAAAGCAUGGCUGGAAGUGUUCGCUGAACUGCAAAGAGCAACAGGGAAGGGGCCUUUUAGUACUUUGGCCCUGCAACAAACAGAAGGGGGGUAGCAACAUCUGUUGGUCAGGAAGGAUGCCAGCAGCUGCUUGGACAGGGAAGGAAUUUACCUGAUGGGAACUUUGGAUACCUUCAACCAUGGCAUUUUGUCUUUCAGUUCAUGUUUUUAAAGCUUAUACUGCAACAGGUUGCUCAAAAGGUUUUUUUUCUUGUCUUGGUAAGAUUACUUAAGUUAUAAAAAUGGGCAAGAACUCAUAUCCAUUCCCAGAGCGCUCAACGUUCCAGAUGCACAAGGCAAAUAUAACCUCAUAGCUCUCAACUUCGUCUAACAAAUAAUGAAGAGUCUGUAAUAUGGGUUUCCCGUAGCAAAAGGGCUGUUAGCGGGACUUGGUGCUGCAGAUAGUGGACAAGCAGGCCAGGCUGUGGUCUGUGUCGGAGGGGCGGUCGUGCCCUGAGGUGUUGUAAAGGGCUGUCGGGCGUGUGAGCUGUCUGUAGGCUGGUGGGCACCGUCUGCUUUUUCCCCCUGUCUCCGUGCUUGUCCUCCUGAGCUCCUAGAAUGCAAAUUCUUUCCGUGGCCCCAUAUGUGUGUGAGGGGAGCUAGUUUUCCGUAUUUUGGUCAUUUGUCCUCACUCAAAAGGCUGUGGGAUUUUUUUCUUCUUUCUUGGGAUAGGGAGGAACACACACACACUACCCAACACUUACUUUUGGAAUUCCAAUAAGCUCUAUUUAAACAUCGUUUCUCCUGUGAUUUCAUUUUUUUCCUGAUGUGCUUUACUGUGAAGCCUGAUUUGUCCCUGCAGUGCAGAGGCCAACAGAGCUGGGUCUGUCUGGUUAGAAGAUGCUCCUACUCUGAGAAGCUGAAAGGCGUCAGUAGUGGUGGAAAUCAGCUUAGAAACUGCAGUAGUCUGUCUGUGUAAGAGAACAGGCAAAUCUGUGCUGCAGCAAGUGUAUGCACUGAUGUGGUUUGUUGUAGAGGUGUUUCACAGCAGUUUCAUAAUUUUCUGUAUCGCUUAUGAAGCCUGGUAGCUCAAGGACAGCAGAAUGCCACAUCAGCUUGAAUUCUACUGAAAGAUUGUCUGGGGUUUUUUUUUUUCCAGACAAAUAGUCCAUGUCCAACACCACCAGCCUUCUGGAGAGAUAGGCAGUAAUGGUCCUACUGGAAAACCAAAAGUCUGGUAAUUCCAGGGAUCUGAAGCUUAUUCCCUAGCUGAAAACAUCAGAAAUAUCAUCCCCCAAACCUGGCUUUUCUUUGUGUCUGUCCACUAACAUUUCAGAAGCCAAAUAAUUUCAUUUUCAGAAAGGAAAGGGGAACUGGAUUUUGAUAUUUGAGGAAGAGCAGGUUAGGUUUGUGUGUUCUUAUUCCAUGUUUAUUUUAAAUAUUGUGAACUAUUAAAAUGAAAAGUCAGUUUUAUUUGAGGAGAAUUUUCUUUCUGCCAGUCUCCCUGUGUGAAGGUGGGGAGUAGUUUAUAAUGCUGAACGUCUUCGAGUAUGUAACUGCUCCAAGCUAGCACAAAGCUUACUGUGAGAUGGAUAAAAAGAUGUGGUUGCCACCACAAUCCUUAGCAGAAAGACAGGCAAGCUUGUAGAACAAUAGGCAUCAGAGUUUAAUUCAAUUGCUGCUUUCUUGGCACGGCUCUUCCAUGUAGUUUAACGUCAGAGGAGUGGAUUAUCACUCCAGCACCAUUAACAAACACUAAGCCAUUUCUCUGUAACUGACGUCGUAGGUAGUUCCUCUGUAGGGUGACUUGGGAUCUUGUUACUCUUGAUCUUUCUUGAUGGAAUAUUUCUGUAGGUGGCUCCUCUGACCUCCUGUAACAGUGGCAGAGGAACUCAGUCAGGAAAAUGGGGGUCUGAUCUCUUCAGGCCUCAGUUGGGAGCUGAAAUGUUUCUAAGAAUAACACAAGAUUACAUCCGGCAUUCAUGUCAAUAACAAUUAGGUCCACAAAGAAGCAGAGCAGGGAAGGAAGUGUGGGAAAAUACCAGGAUCGCUCAUGUGCUGGAACACACGCGAGUGCCGAAGUGUCUCCCAUUGAGCUUUAGUUGCCAUUGUAAAGGGAUGUUUUGUGCCACGUUGCAUCGGACUUUCAACAGCUGAUGUGGGUUGGUUGCUUUCUAUUGUAUCCUGAGCUUCUUCACACUCAAUUAUGGCAGCGUCUUGCUUGGGUGCCACAAGAAUCAAGUUGAUCUAUGUUGAUGCGACAAACUUCAGAUUGUCCCUCUGGAAAACUUUCCUGCCCAACCAGAUUGCCAUCCGACCUUACUGAGUUUCCAGAUGUCUUGAAAUUAGCUUUUCUGUUGCUGUUUGAGAUGCCCCCCAAACGUGUCCAGUCCCUUUCAGUAUUCGUGAUCCAGAUUUGAAAUGAAAAGGGUGUGUGCAGGGGCCAGGGGAUGUGUGCAGGAGGAAAUGCAGUGGGGGUAAGGACGCAGCGUGUUUUAUAUAGAAUUGGAAGUCUGUAGUCACAGGAAGGAAGGGAUGGCAAUUGCACCACAUGCUGUGUGCCUUCUGGCAAACAUAUGUCUGAGAUGGACCUUCAGAAGAUGUUUCUGAAGCAGUUGUUGGGGGGAAGCAUGAGCCUUUUAAACACAAUUUUGGACUUCUUAUUUCUUGUUUCCUAGGGAUCAUGACUUCAAGGCUUGCGCACUUUUUUUUUUUCUUUAAAAAGCGCAGCUGUGGAGUCCCAUCAAUGAAAUGUGCUCUUUCCUUCUCCUGGCAGCACUCUCCACUCUUGAGAAAAGUACCUGUCUUCCAAACUGCAUAGGGCAGGGAUCAUUAGCAAAGCGAAAGUUAAAUGAUUUUUUCCUGACCUCCCCACUCACAUCCCCGUUUUCCUUCCAGCUGGAGAAUUUUUAGCUGAUGAAAUGUAGCUGUUCUGGAUAAACAAAGAUGGUACCAAGACAAAGGAAAGAAUGAGGUGGCCAUCAGGAGAGGCUGGAGAAGACCUCCUUGGGAAUCCAAGGUGCAGUAGGUCCAGAGAUUAAGAGCUGGGGUGAGAAGAGACUGACUUCAUUGAACUGGAACUUCUUACUAAAAAUGGCUGAAGACCCAUAGAGAGAUGUGGUGCCUCCUUUGGCGUGAGGGCAUUCCAGGAAUUUCACCAUUCCCUGGAGACUCUUAGGCUCCAGGGUUUAUUUGCUUUAUAGGGUUUUGGAGAAAGUAAAGUUUGAUCAGUUGCCAGGAGUAAUUUUAUCAAGAGUUUGUCUUGGGGCCCUCUCUUCAAUAGGGCACUGCUUUUUGUGCGUGCAAAUAAAUGCACUUACAGCAUUGUCCUGCAGAGUUUCUUUUGGAUCAGUAGUAUUUCAAAGCUCUGUGCAAGCUUGAACUGCAGCUCUUGAACAGAGAAGCCAUUUGGCGUGGUGGGACAGCUGGGGUUACUGUAGACAAAGGGUUUGCCACUGAUCCCCGUUGGUGGUAGGAAGCUUAUUGUGCAGAUGGACUUGGGAGUUACAUGGAGUAGUCUGAAUCUUUGAUCAUUCUUUGACAAGAGGCUCCAGGGGAUGCUGGUGGAUAUAAAAAUGUCUCUAAGGUGUGGGAGCAGGCUGGAGGGUUAGGGUUAGACGGGAAAUCUUGGUGGUGAAGGAAGAUUUGUAGGGUAGGUGUUGGGGAGGAUUUCAGGGGAGCAGGAAUGUGCUGGGAGGUGCUGGGGAUUGCACAGAUGGUGCUGGCAUGAGACCAAGGAGUGACUUGCUGAGGAAGGACUCUGGAAAGGAUGUACAGUCUUACAGCUCUCCUGGGGUCACUGCAGAGGGGAAGCUUUGUCUGAUGUGUGCAGAGGGUUGACUUCAUGCGGUCUAUAUGUGGCUGAGGUAGAAAUGGUUCUUACGGAUUAUCUCCUUUUCACAUACAUUGUCUCAUUUCAUGAGCGUGUCCAGGUGUAACAAAAGCCCUUCUGCUUUGUGACCAUGAGCCCUACCUAAAACCAAAUCAAUCCAGCUGUGUUACGUGGGAAGGACAAGCAUGCUGCAACAGUGCUGCGAUGCAUUAAAACUCUAGAAUACUCUCUAGUGGUGUUUGCUAAGUUUAGCUGCCUAAUAGUCAGUUCUCUCCCAAUUUGUUUUGGGCAUCAAACUGCACUGAGUCAUACCGGAGAGUUUUUUCUUUCUAGCCCUGAGCUUUUGGCCUUCUUUACGGUAAAACACAUCAAGAGUAACUAAAACCACACCAGUUCCUCAUUUGCAUGAGAGAUGACUAACCCUGACAGACUAAGAAUCCCAAAACUGGGGCAUGUUGUGUGUAACUCACUGUCUUAUUUGUCUGCUGGGACUGUUCACACAAGGAUGUGUUAAAAUGAAGACUGGAACCUGUCGAUCUGAGGACAUCCUUUGCUUCCCCCACUCCGUUUCAUGAGCUGGUGUUCCUGCCCCCUGUCCUGUGGAGCGGUUGUCUCUGUGGUCUGCAAACCAAGACACUAUGAACACCCUGCUGCACACGCUGUCACUAUAAAACAAUUACUCUUUUAAUUUAAAUGUUUUAUGAAUAUAGUUGUUGUUUUCCCUCUGUUUGUCAGUUACCAGUGGGAGGGGAGGGAAGGGGGGUGGGACAGUCUGUGCAUGCAAAUGUAUUUAAAGUGCGUUGACCAAAGGUUUUUUUUGAAUCUGUGAAGUUUUCAUAUCUGUGAAGUCAUCAGACUGCUGGGCAGUGAGGAGCCGCUGGUGCUGCUGAGUCUGUCUUGGUUACAUUUCUUAAUAAGCAUUAAAAUAAUAAAAUAUAUUUGUAAAAGAGAGUGUGAGUGCCUUUGUCCCGGGAAGAUCCGGCUGGCUGGCCCUUUUUUGUGCAAGUGUUUUCUUAUUAUUUUAUUAGCUUUUUCCAUAGAUAGAUCCUUCCGGAGAGCUCUCUCCCUGGCGCUGCCUAUUCUUUUGCAGAAGGUAUUAGCAUGGACUCAGGUGACAGACCCAGAUGGACUAGAAAGACCCCUCACAUCUCUGACAUCCUGGGAUCUGUCAUCUUGGCAAUGAGAGAAAACGUUUACAGCUGCGUACCGAACACAAGCAUCAAAGGCCAGGAGCUUGGAGGAACAAUGGGCGUCUGCAGGAGCCCGGGGGGAACAAUGGCCGUACCUGGCCCCGGGAAGAAAGCGAGUACUUGAAAGAACAGCGAGAGCUCCCAGUUUAACACAAUUGGCCUGAUCUGGAAACCUCUGCUCAGAGAUCCACGCCUUGGCUUAGUCACCCAGAGAAACUAGACUUUGCAGGGCUUUUGCUGUAGACUAAGAGCUGUCUGAGGAUGAUAUAGCUCAAUAGUUUAAUAUUAAUGCAGCACUGGGGAACUGAUGACAUUUCUGAAUGGUGAAGUAGGAUGGGGCUGCAGAGGAUGGUGUUUUCCCUAGUAGUGGGAGGAUAAUGUUUUUGGCUAAAAAGCCUUUCACAGUAUUUAAAGCAGCAGGAUCUUCCUUGUCACUUCUGCCCCCAAACAGGAAGCCUUUGCUGCUAAGAAUAGUACAUACAAGUGCCUGCUGUGCUCUUGACCAUCAUGUGUUUCGAGGAGAAGUUUUGGGGAGUUAAAAGCUCUGGGCACCUCGUCUGAGGCCCUGUGGACCUCACAAUUUACUUUCACAGGAAAGAGUCCCACUGUCUUGCAUUUGACUGAAGUGACCAAGUGAGGAGUGAGAUUUCCCGUAUGUUCAUUCAGGGGAGGGAGAAGGACUUCUGUCAGCUCGGAGUGAUCCUGGGAGGAAUCCACCUCUGAUCCCGCAAAUAAGCAGGUUAGAUGAUGCAACUCACUGCGGGUUGGAGUCUCGCUGAAUAGUAAGUGGAGCUGUAUUCCUCCCUGACUUCCAAAUCUCCUCUUCAGUGCUGUUCUGAGAAGAAAGGGGGGCACUUCUGAAUAUUGGAGAUGUUUCCUCAGAAAUUACCCAGUGGAUGGGACUGUUGGAGGGUUUUAGGCUGGAAGAUGCGACACUCUUACAAGCACUGUCAUUUCUCUGCUGUGUGACUGCAGCAGUCACUGCUGAGAUCCUGCAGUACUACCCAGAUCUCAGAAAAUCAGAAAUUGAUUUCAAGAACUGGAGUCCUUGCAACACGCCAAAGAAAAUGAUCUGAGCCAAGUUUGGGUCUGAGAGUAGCAUGGUGAUUUUUCAGCAAGUGAAAGGUGAGGACUGGGAAAAGAGCUUUUAAUCUGCAAGUUCAGAAUAAACUGUGUAAAGAUGAGGUUAUUUGGAGUCCAGAUCCAUACUCUGUGGCCUGAGCCUGUUGCAGUGAACUCCAAACCUGGGACUGUGGUUUUUAGGAGUGUCCAGCUGCAAUCCAGAGAGGUGAGUGCAACUUCUACAGAGCCCAGGGCAGUCUUUAAACCUGCUGGCUUGGACACUGACAGCACUGGAGCUGCAAUCACUCAGGCUUUGUUUCCCAAGGAUUUACCCUGAGCCCUAGGCAGCUCCAAUUUUUUUGCCUUACCUAAGGCAAGGAGAUUAGAUAAUGGCUCAUAAUGACAGUGAAGAAAAUCCAUGUGCACGGGGUAUCUUGCUGCCUCAGCUGUUGAUGAGGUCAUGGGGAUGUCUUUUGGGCUGGUAUGAGUCCAGGAUAUUACUUCUAAAUGGGAGUUAAGCAUAUCUCAGAAGAUACUUCAUCUUGCUGGAGAACUUGCAGCUGCAUCAUUAGGGCAUUUGGCAUCAUCUGGGCUGUGACAGCUUGUGCCUGUGCUUUGGGGUUCACAGGGAUGCAAGGCUCUUGUGCAGUGUGGUGAUUGCAUCCAGGGAAAAGAA